UAAAAUAACUUUUAAUGGGUUGUUUUCCAUUGCUUUAGUACAUUUUAACAUUUCACAAGAUUUAAACAGAAUGAAAGGAGCUGUAGCCCAACACAAUUGGUCAAACUCAUCAAACAGUACAUGAUACAUCAAGGCUGUCUGGCUAAGUGCAUUCCCCAGGAAUUCUUUGUACAAAAACAAAACAAUAGCCUCCACACUGAGGCAAAUGUGUAUGUCCAAUAGGUGAUACAAUUUUCUGAAUUUAAAAUAAAAAGUGAAGCUGAAAUGACCCAAAACUCCUCCUGUGAAUGAAUUUACAUACACUCAGUUGCCAGUUUAUUAGCUUGCUCUGCAAUAAUGUUCAUAAGCUGUUAUUUAGUCUAAACCUCAUUGAUAUAAAUGGGGUGGACAAAAUAAUAGACAUACCUGUCAGUAUAACGCACCACAAACUGCAGCCUCCAAAAUGACAGUUCAUCAACACCUCUUUUAAAACAUUUUCAACAAAAACUGAACAUUAUAACCCUGUUAGUGGAAGGAAUGUAACUAAGUACAUUUACUCAAGUACUGUACUUUAUAUUUCUACUCCACUACAUCUCUAAGGCAAAUAUUGUACUUUUUUCGCUGUAGUUACUAACUAGUUACUUUUCAGAUUACAAUUUUACCCUUUCAAACCAUGUAUCUCCAAAAUUAAUGAAUUAGAAGUUCUCUGAUAAACUGAAGUAUUAAUUGUUUAUACAUCUACAGCAGUAAAAUGCAACAUACACAUUAAUGCAGCAGUAAUAUUAAUCCAAAAGCAUCAUAUAUAGUAGUAAAACACUGACAGGGACAGUUUUACCGCAGAAUGAGUAUGUUCAGCUAUAAAAACUAAACUUUCAAAUGCAAAUUUACAAUGGUAAAACUACUUCCGGCGUAAAAGCGGCGGCUCCGCCCAGUUUCUGAUGUUUCUGAAUGGUACUUCCUGGAAGACAGCAAAUUGUGUCAAUAGAUCUUCGCACAACACCAAAGUGAAGCUCAGGACUGUCAGGCCACAUGGAGAAGCGACAGCAGAUGAAAGACGCCCUCCAGCUGUGCAUAGACAGACGUAAAGACGAGCUGCACAGUUUGAGUCGGGACAUUUGGAGCCGACCUGAACUUGCCGGAAACGAGACGCAUGCGCACGACAGGCUGGUCCGCUACUUCUCUCAGGACCAGACGUGGACGGUCGAAAGUCACUACAAACUACCGACUGCAUUCCGGGCCUGCUGGGGUCCGGUCGGUGGCGGGGAGGGUGAGCCGGGGCUGAACGUGGGGUUCAUGUGCGAGUACGACGCGCUGCCGGGUAUCGGGCACGCGUGCGGGCACAACCUGAUAGCAGAGGUGGGGGCCGCCGCCGCUCUGGGGCUGAAAGCUGCUUUAGAAAGCCAGACUGAACUCCCUGUCCCAGUGAAGAUAACUGUUCUGGGAACUCCUGCAGAGGAGGAUAUAGGAGGAAAGAUCGAUCUGAUCAAGGCGGGGGCGUUCGCUGACAUCGACCUCGUCUUCAUGGCUCACCCAGCUCAGCAAGAUGCUUCGUGCCUGCCCUGUGUUGCACUUGAUGAGGUGUUAGUGAAGUACCACGGGAAGGCAUCUCAUGCUUCUGCAUACCCCUGGGAGGGAGUGAAUGCCCUGGACGCUGCUGUGCUGGCCUACAACAACCUCUCUGCGCUCAGACAGCAGCUCAAACCAGAGUGGAGGCUUCACGGCAUCAUCAAACAUGGAGGGGUGAAGCCAAACAUUAUCCCUGCCUACACUGAGUUAGAGUUUUAUCUGCGCACGCCGCUGGUUAAGGAUCUCUGUGACCUGAAGGCUAAAGCUGAGGCUUGCUUCAGGGCAGCUGCUGUUGCCACCGGCUGCCAAGUGGAGAUAAUCUACCCCGCCCAUGCCUACUAUAACAUUCUACCUAAUGCCACACUGGCAAACCUGUAUGAAAGUAAUGGAAAAGCUUUGGGGAUUCAGUUUCCAGAGAAGGCAGCCAACUUCUCUGGUUCUACAGACUUUGGCAACGUAUCAUUCAUCGUCCCUGGUAUCCACCCUUUCUUCUACAUCUGCACCGAUGCGGUUAAUCACACUGAGGAAUACACCGAAGCAGCAGGAGCUGAAAAGGCCCAGUUGUUCACCCUGAGGACAGCCAAAGCCCUGGCUAUGACAGCUGUGGAUGUAGUGUGCUGCCCUGUUCUGCUGAGGCAAGUGAGAGAGGACUUCAGCCUUGCCAAACUGAAACAGGAGAAAUGAGUAGAAGGGACAGCUUUGACAGCUCCAUAAAAACAAUGACUUAAUAAUAACAGGAAAAAAUAAUUAGGUGUUUUAAUGUAAUGUCUAAAGUCACUGUGCAUUGUCCCUGAAAAAAGUUAAAAUAGAUACAUUAAUAUCUAUCUAUCUAUCUAUCUAUCUAUCUAUCUAUCUAUCUAUCUAUCUAUCUAUCUAUCUAUCUAUCUAUCUAUCUAUCUAUCUAUCUAUCUAUCUAUCUAUCUAUCUAUCUAUCUAUCUAUCUAUCUAUCUAUCUAUCUAUCUCAUAGGACAUUUUAUACCUGUCAGGGUUGUGCACAUGUUGGCAAACAGCAGUUCCAACAGUUCGUAUGUUUACCCUUGAAGCAUAGAGCCAUAAAACUACAACUCAGUGUGGUACAUAAUAUUUAUGACAACAGAGCUGCUGUGUAUCUCAAAGACCACCUUCAUUGGGUUGGACGAACUCGUUCCCACCAGAGUAGAACUACUGUUACCGACUGGUGCUUGCUGAGGUUCAAUACCAACAUGAGUACCUGUUCUUUUAGAUGGUGUAGUGCCAGGAAUGAUGUUACCUUUGCACAUUAAAAUAAUAAUUAAAAUAAAAGUAAAUAAUAUAACACUGCAAUUUUGAACAGAAGGUAAAAUUAUGGCUCAUAGGACACUAUGAAGUGUAAUUUUAUGUAAUUUCUUAUGCUAGCAGCAUGGUUGUUUGGUUCACCACGUUGGUCCAAACUGAAAUAUCUCAGUAACUAUUGGAUGGAUUAAGAUAAAAUUUUGUUCAAACAUUCACGGUCCUAGCGGAUGAAACCCUACUGGCUUUAGUGAUCCCCUGACUUUUCCUCUAGCGCCACCCUGACGCUUGACCUUUUUGGCUUUAUGGUCCCACAACUAUUGGAUGGAUUUCUGUGAAAUUUGGUUCAGACAUUCAUGUUCCCCAAAGUUGAAUUGGUGAUCCCUUAACUCAUCAUACUUUGGUUUAUGAUCAAAUACCUGCAAAACGAAUCACAUUUACAUCAUCCUCAGCUGUAGUUCGCGUUUAGUGCUAAUUAACAAAUGUUAGCAUGCUAAGAUGUGUUAGCAUUUAGCUCAAAGCACCCGCAGACUUGAUUUUUUUUUUUGAUGAUGAUAGAGGUAUUUAUUGUGUUGGUUUGUUGGUAGUAUGAUGUCGCCCAUUCACUCAGCGUCUUACAUCUUUGCUAUCUUUACAUCAACAACCACAAUUUAAAUAAGCCUAAAUCUUUAUUGUGGCGUCCUUUAACAUUUUUGUACUUGUGAUUUGAUGUCCUCCUUCUUGUAAUGUCUAAGCUAAUUUUAUCUAAAUAAUCGUACUAACAGUAUUUAUACAGAAUGUCAUUUUCACUUAUUGCCGACAUGACCUGAUCUGGAAGUGGUGUUGCAUUCCCAUGAAAUCCCAUUGACCUAUUCACUCAUUUAGAUUUCUGGGCACGCUUUCAAAAAGCUCACAGUUCGAUUUAAAAACUUUCACAGAUGUGGUGGAAAAUCAGGUUCUGGACAUCUUUUUGAUGCUUUAUCCUUUUCAUGUCUUUCUGCUGCAGUGAUGCCUUUGUUUGUUUGUUGUGAUGUUUUUGAAGGAUGAUGGUGCACAAAGUUUGAAUUGUCACCGUGCCCUUUGGGACGUUACGUGGAUUAAAACAAAAGUAAAAAAAAUUGAAAAAUUCUUCAGCAUAAUCCACACUUUUGCCUGCAAGAAAUCAGAGAAAUUGUUUUUAAAAAUAGGCUUACUGUUAUAUCCCUUUACGUCACAUGUGAGCAGUUAAUGGUAUUAUAGAAUAUGCAGUUUAUAUGAAUGCUUAUCAGCAAUCAGACCUGUGCCAGUGAGAGUAGAGAGACCCUGCAGCUGGUAGCAAUCCAAUGUCUAAUAUCUGUGAAAGCUUAUCCUCCAGCACUGUUUAAAUAUACUGUAUAAAUAUUUGUAAGAAGAAGAAGAAAAUAGGAUCAAAAUUUGGGACCAAGACAGAGGUCUAACCAGAAAGAUGUCGCCAAAUGCUUCAACUGAAAUGAAGUGUCUGUUGUUUGUGUAUUUAGUUGAUUUGAAUUGAUUGAUGACUGCAGAAGCAGUACUCAGCCAUCCAUCUCAGUCCAUUUCCAUUUUUACAAACUAAAUGUAUUACAUGGAGAUUUAAAAUGCACAGUGUUGUGGUUGUGUUGUUCAGCACCUACGCUCUGCUCAAAUAAUUUUCACAUUUUCAGAAAACAAAACAUUUAUUAAACAUUUUCCCAUAUAUAACA